AUGGCUAAACGAGGAAGAGUACAGAAGUCACUAGAUGACGAACACGAUUCACAAGAUGAGUAUCGUGAAGAAGACUCUAGUGUUGUUGAGGAUAAUGUAAACCCAGAGGUGGAUGUCGAGGAUGAUGAAGACGAUGAAGAUGCCGAAGUUGGACGGAAAAAUAAGAAACGCAAGACUAGUGCUGUGAAUGUAGUUUACGAUGACAAUGACUCAGAUGCAUUGGUCAAUGAAGCUGACGUGGAUGGCGCAGACGAAGAAGAGGAGGAAGAAGAUGCAGAAGAAGGAGGAGGAGGAGAUGACGAGGACGAGGAUGAGGACGACGAGGAGGAUGAGGAGGACGACGGUGGUGCAGCAGCAACAGGAACAGCAGAGGAUAGCACCGAAGCAGAAACUGGCAAGAAGAGAAGAGGUCGCAGAAAGAAAGAAAAGAAGUACUAUUACAAAGAGGAAGAAGUUUUCGACGCUGAUGGGAACCCGUUAAGCACCGAGAAUGACGAAGUUUACAUCCCCAACGAGGAUCCCAAAGGAAAAGAAAAAAUAGACGAAUUGGGUUAUUUGCAAGGUGGUAGAGAAUUCAGAAUGAAGACUUUUAAAAUACUCGGCGAGGGUGAUCGGUUAUACGUGAUUUCAACGAUCCCAGCACGUAUGGUUGGAUUCAGAGAUUCAUACUUGUUAUUCAAAACUCAUCGUACAUUAUUCAAACGUGUUUGCGAUAACGAUCAAAAGCAAGAUUUGAUCAAUCGUGGAAUCAUUCCUAACUCAUACAAGGGUCGUGCCGUGAAUUUAGUCAGCGCUAGGUCGAUUUUUAGAGAGUUUGGCGCCAAGAUGAUCAAAGAAGGUAAGAAAGUAAUUGAUGAUUUCUGGGAACAGCGGGCAAUCGAUAAUGGUGACAUACCGGGUGAAUACGCCGACCCUGAUGAACUUUACAAGAACAAAUUGUCCAGUGUGUUGGGUGAAGGUGUUGGUACUGGUGGUGGUGGUGGUGGUGGAAGCGGUACUGGUGGAAAUGCAACACCAAUGGCGCCCGCAACCUUAGUUGAUUAUCAAACUGACGAGACGUGGAUUUAUCAAAUUGCGUCGAAAACUUCAGAGUAUAAUCAUAAAUUAGCUGACUUGCGUUUGCAAGUUGCUGCAAAUGGAUAUAGGGAUGUGUUUACCAAUAUUGUUCAGUUCCCCGAGUCUACCCAACCACAUCAAUCUAGAAUUGAGAAAAUUGGCGGUGGAGAAGUUGUAGCUGCACCUGCCGGUGAUGAGCUAAUGUACGACAUUUAUUUCAAGAGCAGGGAUUUAAGGCGACCAAUUACGGGGUUGGCGAGUGUACCCAAAGAAAUUCUCGACGAGAUUGAUGAUGAAGAGAUUAAACAAGCUGUACUUGAUCAACAAAAGCACGAAAUAGCAUCUGUAUUAUAA